GCUCACCCAUUUUCCACUUGUUGGCUUUUCCCAUCUAUCUCACUGUCCUCUUGACUUGCUUGUGUAUCUGCUGGAUAAGUACUUAUCACCAUGGCAAUCCUCGCCAUCCAACUGCAAUGAAUACAACAAUGUCUGGCCCAAAGCGAAAAUCAUCACGUCCUGCUCACCACUCAAAUAAUUCCGCCACCGCCUUCGUCAAUCCAUGGCCAUCCGCAGGGACGCCAACCUGGGGAGAAAUCCUUCAAUCGUCCUUUCCACUUGGCUGGUACACCGAUGACCUGAGUUGCCACAAAAGAGCCCGACAACUCAAGGUCGUCACCCCAGACUGGGGUAAAGCGGACCUGGAAAAGAGGCAGCUUGACAAGAAGAACUGCGUUAUCGGAACAUGGUUAGGCCAUGCAAGCGCUCUGGUGGAGCUGCCGCCUCUCGAUAAUCCCGAGCACAGGAGCAUAUGGCUUCUGUUUGACCCUAUCUUUUCUAUGCGAGCAGGGCCGACCCAGAACAGCGGUGUCACCCGGUUCAAGCAAGCUCCUUGCCAGGCCGAGGAUCUGCCAGGGUGCGAUGCAGUUUUGAUUUCCCACAAUCAUUACGAUCAUUUGGAUGCUGCUUCAAUCAAGGCAAUUCUCAAGAAGUUUCCACGAACAAAGUUUUUCGUUGGACUUGGCAUCAAGCAAUGGAUGUCGUCUAUGGGGGUCCCGGAUUCGCAAACCUGCGAGAUGGACUGGGGGCAAAAUCGCGAGUAUAGUCUGGAAGACUUUGGUGUUCAGCCACCACCGGCAUCGACUGAGCAGGUCAUCUUUAGAUUCUCUUGUGUGCCUGCUCAGCAUAAUUCCGCACGAAGUCCCGUCGAUCAAGGGCGCACGCUCUGGUGUGGUUGGGUUGUCGAGCGCUUUCUCCACUCACAGGACGAAUCAAGUGAAUCUAAAGCGACCAGACGAGGGGUUAUCUAUCAUGCCGGCGAUACAGGCUAUCGGAGGACAUCGAGAUCAGACAUUGUCUGCCCGGUCUUUAAAGAGAUUGGGGACAAAUUCGGCCCUGUCGAUCUUUCAUUCAUUCCUAUCUGGCGCGGUGGAACGCUCGGUUUCUUUUCAUAUAUGGGGCUUCGACUAUCCCAUCACGACAUACCUGCGGCUCUCCAUGCUUCUCCGGCAGAUGCUAUUGCGAUUCAUGUCGAUGUUCGAUCGCGUAACAGCAUUGGAGUGCACUGGGGAACAUUUGUCGGUUCAGCCAGCGAGUCUUACGAAGCUAUGAUCGAGUUCGCUGAAGCAUGCGAGAAUCGAGCUGUGGAAAGCCUGGAUAGCGAAAGCGAGGGUGAUAACGGUCGCGCAGGGUUAUUAGACAUUGGCGCCAGUCUGGCAGCUCGAAUUUUCUGAGCGAAGGCUUGCUGGUUCCUAUGGAACACCUCCACGUCCUAUACUUAGAGCUUUCAAGCUACGCGCCCAUGCUGUCAACCUAACUCGGCGCUUAGAGAAUUCCCACCACUACCUGAGCACUUCUGCAAUAAGUCAAGCGUGGGGGCUGAAGCUGGCUUUGCCACUGUGGUUGGCUCUUUCGAUCUACUGCAUACCUAUUCGCGGUCAAUAUCACUGCACCCAGGCAGCUGAGAAUUUCGAGGGCUGCAUUGUCAGUUCCCACGGAUACGACUCUUGUCAAAGUCAAGCCAAAUUCAUCUGUUUGUAACUCGUCGGAAUUCAGACUGCAAUCAGGCUGGACUCAUGGGCGAUAUCCUGGGUGCAGCGUCGGCCGUUGCGGGCCUGAUGUCGUUGAGCGGCACUGUCCUUGAAGAGGGUUACUCAUUCAUAAGGACUGUCCACAGGGCCCCGAGAGAGUUGCGGCAGCCUUUGAGCGAGACUGCUCCACUAGACUCAUCGGGGAGCUGCAGAGUCUGGCGUAUGAUGGCCCGGUGGUGGGUUCCAGCAAUAAGUCGGCAUUGAAUGAAUUCAGCAACGCAGGUGUUUUCACCGAAUGUAAGCGGUCUCUGCUCGUCGUCAGAAACUCGAUUGCUGCGUGUCAGCAGGUUGCAGACCAUCGGGUACGAAAUGUCGGGGAAAUGAUGAUAUGGUCGUUCAAGGGAAAAGCAACCAGGGAUGUCUUGGUCAGAAUAUCCAGACUCUGAGACCACUUGAAUACAGCGACUGCUGCUGAUAUGAGCCUGAUGUUGCGGAGUGUCCUCCAGUAUUCUCUGCGAAGCUCUCUGGCGGCGGAAGCACUGCAAAGACGAGAUGCAUUCAUGGAUGAGCGAGAAGAACGGAAACUCUUGUUCCAGAGGCUUGAUCCAAGUUCAAUCAAUAUUGAUGAGAACCUGGAGGAGGGCUUGAAACAUCAUCAUCCCGGAACAGGUGAUUGGUUCUUCGAAUGCGAUGAAUACAUAUCUUGGUCAAGCGGACCAUCGUCUCUUCUGUGGAUCAAUGGAAUCCCUGGGAGCGGAAAGACAGUUCUGGCGUGAGAUUGUGCACUUCAUUUGAUACCGUCGUCUUUUAAUAACUUCAAGUCCUCUACAUUACUCAUACACUUCGUGGAUGUACAGAUGAACAAACAAUAAAUUUGGCUUAUUGCUUCUUUGA